CUCCCGUGACUCAUACGCACUAGCUCGCUUAUACACAUACACAAAAGAAAAAAAUAAACUACUAACUUCCUUUUGCGUGCUUACGAACAUAAAAGUUUUUCGUGCGUAUCCUAACGAAAACAUAAAUUAGGUAAAUUUACUACGUUUUAUAGAGAACAUCCAUCCCCUUCGUUACAAUAUGUUCGUAACGACCGAGGGUCAACGCGCAGUCAGAUCUCCCCCACGAUUAAGAAGCGGCUCCGGAUCGGCGAAAUUAUCAAAACUUUUUAACUUACAAGUUUUCGUAAAGUCUUGUCCUUAGUACGAGUGGAGCGGAGCGCGCUUCCUUCGCGUGGAGCUUUCAAAGGUCGAGCCGUUUCAGGUUCGUGCCGUCCUUGUUUGCCACAAACGGAGGGUGCAGGCAAACGCAGAGACGCGUUUCGGUUAAAUCCGUUGUCUCAUGUGGCGAGUUUACCGGUUCCAUUCCGGAGGCAAGUUCUCAGUCAGUCAAGUCAGUUCAGUUGCCGCCGAUGUGAUGUCGGGGGUGCACGCCGCGCCGGUCGCUCGCCGACUUCUCGCAGUGACGAUCGCGACGAUACUUCUUCCCCAACUAAUAAAUCAAGCGAACCGAACAAAGUAAGCGCUCACGAACAGAUUAUAACUUGAUGUGAGAUAACAAGCGCUGCAUGAUAGUGAUUAAUCGCUAAAGUACGUUCAACUCUAUUCGAAAUCAACCGCAAUCCCGUUGCGUUUCGAUUUACGCGUAAUGUAAACACACACAGUUGAAGUUUUCCGGAAUAAGUUGUUGACUUUGCUAACAAUAGUUCUGGAACUGGAUGCAUUGUUUGAAGGAUUGUUAGCGAUAAUGUAGGCAGUUUGGUGGGGUCAGACGGUGAACGUUAGUGAAUGUGUUGGAUGUGUUAGAUGAACUUCAGGAUGGAUGGACAGUGGACUUUUGGCGCGCUGUGGACGUUGCUGGCGGUCGUGCUGGGGGACUCUUGGACCGCCUACCAGGAGCAGCCGUGCUGCCGGCCCGUCUCGCACCACCGCGUCCGGCAUCAUCGAGAUCAUAUAAGGGAGUUCAGCUGCGGGACUCUAUUUUACCGCACCAUGUACAUGAAUGAAGAUAAAAACACGCUUUACGUAGGAGCUAUGGAUCGAGUAUUCAAAUUAAAUAUGACUGAUAUUAGUCAAUCACAUUGUGAGCGCGACGCAAUGAUGCUGGAGGCCAACAGCGUGGACCGCUGUAUCAGCAAGGGCAAGACGGAGCCCUUCGAGUGCCGCAACCACAUCCGCGUGCUGCAGCCACUGGGAGACGGCGAAAGACUUUAUGUGUGCGGCACCAACGCACACAGUCCUAAAGACUGGGUAGUCUAUUUGAAUUUAACGCACCUUCCUCGGCACGAGUACGCGCCGGGCGUAGGUUUCGGAGUGGCCAAGUGCCCCUACGACCCGGCGGACAACAGUACGGCCGUGUGGGUGAGCCACGGCAACCCAGGCGGCUUGCCCACGCUUUACGCCGGCACCAACGCCGAGUUCACCAAGGCCGACCCCGUCAUAUUCCGGAACGACCUGUUCGAUUUUCGAACGGGACAAAAGAAGUACAGUUUUAAGAGAACGCUGAAGUAUGACUCCAAGUGGCUCGACAAAACCAACUUUGUGGGAUCGUUUGACGUGGGCGAAUAUGUGCUAUUCUUUUUUCGAGAAACGGCCGUGGAGUUUAUGAACUGCGGCAAGGCGGUGUACUCGCGGGUGGCCAGGGUGUGCAAACAGGACACCGGGGGCAAGCACAUACUCAACCAGAACUGGGUCACUUAUUUGAAGGCCAGACUCAACUGUAGCAUACCUGGAGAGUUUCCUUUCUAUUUUGAUGAAAUACAAAGCGUAUACAUGAUGCCGGGCGAGGUGCCGCGGUUCCACGCCGUGUUCACAACAGGCGCGAGCGACGGGCUCGUUGGCUCGGCCAUCUGCACGUACAACAUGGACGACAUACAGGAGGCCUUCGCGGGCCGGUUCAAGGAGCAGGCUACAUCAAGCUCGGCGUGGCUGCCUGUGCUGCGCGCGCGCGUGCCCGAGCCGCGGCCCGGCACCUGCGUCAACAACACCGAGGCCCUACCCGAUAACGUGCUCAACUUUAUAAGGUCGCACCCGCUGAUGGACUCGGCGGUCCGCCACGAGGGCGACGCGCCCGCCUUCUACAAGCGCGACUUGGUGCUGACCACGCUGGUGGUGGACACUCAGUUCGUGGACAUGCUGGGCGAUGACAUUACUUACACGGUGUUCUAUGCUGGCACUAGUGAGGGCUCCGUGUACAAGAUAGUGAAGUGGGCAGGAGGUUACUCGCGCGUGGCGGACGUGUGGCGCGCGGCUGGUGACGAGCCGGUGCGCGCGUUGGCGCUUUCGUCGCGUCUCCACUCGCUGUACCUCGCCACCGACAACAGGCUGCGUCAGCUACCGCUGCGGACGUGUGCACAUCGGUACGACAGCUGCACGCGAUGUGUUCUCGAUCCCUAUUGCGGCUGGGACAAAGAAGUUGGGGCGUGCCGUCCGUAUACUCCUGGUCUUUUACACGAUGCCACGAAUUCUACGCCGUCCAUAUGCGAAGCCAGCGCCCCUCUGAAGACCGUCAGAGCCAGCUACGGCCAGAGCGUCCAUCUGUCGGCUUUCGCCAAGACACCUGAGGCAUUGAAGGACCAGCAUGUCGUGUGGUUCCAUCACUCAAGAGAAAAGGGGAGAUACAGGAUAAGUUUCAAUUGGGAGCGAGUUCUGCAGACGUCGGAGCGGGGCUUGGUGCUGCUGACCGUGACGGAGUCGGAUCGGGGCCGGUACGAGUGCUACUACGGGCCCACACUCGUUGCUUCUUAUAAUUUGGACAUCGAUAUGCAUAGGUGUACUCAACCAAGCAAGACUACAGACUACAAGCAAGUGUACUCCGACUGGUGCCACGAGUUCGAGAAGUAUAAAAGCGCGAUGAAGGUCUGGGAAUCUCGGCACACGCAAUGUUCCAAAAACGUGAACGGGUCAUCGAGCCAGAACAGCCUGGUCAACGAGAUCGCGGCAUCGCUGCGGUGAUAGACCAUUCACUGAUGAAGUACAGUCGCUCACAUAAACUAGAGUCGG